AUGUAUCCUCAUCUUCUAGUGUCGGAUGACAGAGAUAAAAGUGAUGGUGACGAGGUUUCUGUAUCGGGUACCGAAUCACCUGACGGAGAUAAAAGUGAUGGUGACGAGGUUUCUAUGUCGGGUACCGAAUCACCUGACGGAGAUAAAAGUGAUGGUGACGAGGUUUCUAUGUCGGGUACCGAAUCACCUGACGGAGAUAAAAGUGAUGGUGACGAGGUUUCUGUGUCGGGCACCGAAUCACCUGACGGAGAUAAAAGUGAUGGUGACGAGAUUUCUGUGUCGGCUCCAUCACACAAUAACGCCCUCCCUAUACCAGCUCCAUUACACAAUAGCGCCCUCCCUACACCAGCUCCAUUACACAAAAACGCCCUCCCUACACCAGCUUCAUUAUACAAUAGCGCCCUCCCUACACUAGCUCCAUUACACAAUAACGCCCUCCCUACACCAGCUCCAUUGCACGAUAGCGCCCUCCCUAUACCAGCUCCAUUACACAAUAACACCCUCCCUACACCAGCUCCAUUACACAAUAACGCCCUCACUACAUCAGCUCCAUUACACAAUAGCACGCUCCCUACACUAGCUCCAUUACACAAAAGCGCACUCCCUACACCAGCUCCAUUACACAAUAGCGCCCUCCCUACACCAGCUCCAUCACACAAUAACGCCCUCCCUACACAAGCUCCAUUACACAAUAACGCCCUCCCUACACAGGCUCCAUUACAAAAUAGCGCCCUCCCUACACCAGCUCCAUCACACAAUAACGCCCUCCCUACACCAGCUCCAUUACACAAUAGCGCCCUCCCUACACUAGCUCCAUUACACAAUAGCGCCCUCCUUACACUAGCUCCAUUACAAAAUAGCGCCCUUCCCACACCAGCUCCAUUACACAAUAGCGCCCUCCCUACACUAGCUCCAUUACACAAUAGCGCCCUCCCUACACUAGCUCCAUUACAAAAUAGCGCCCUUCCCACACCAGCUCCAUUACACAAUAGCGCCCUCCCUACACCAGCUCCAUCACAAAAUAGCGCCCUCCCAACGCCAGCUCCAUUACACAAAAGCGCCCUCCCUACACUAGCUCCAUUACACAAUAGCGCCCUCCCUACACUAGCUCCAUUACAAAAUAGCGCCCUCCCUACACCAGCUCCAUUACACAAUAGUGCCCUCCCUACACCAGCUCCAUUACACAAAAGCGCCCUCCCUACACUAGCUCCAUUACACAAUAGCGCCCUCCCUACACUAGCUCCAUUACACAAUAGCGCCCUCCCAACGCCAGCUCCAUUACACAAUAGCGCCCUCCCUACACCAGCUCCACUAUACAAUAGCGCCCUCCCUACACCAGCUCCAUCACACAAUAAUGCCCUCCCUACACCAGCUCCAUCACACAAUAGCGCCCUCCCUACACCAGCUCCAUUACACAAUAGCGCCCUCCCUACACUAGCUCCAUUACACAAUAGCGCCCUCCCUACACCAGCUCCAUUGCACGAUAGCGCCCUCCCUAUACCAGCUCCAUUACACAAUAACACCCUCCCUACACCAGCUCCAUUACACAAUAACGCCCUCACUACAUCAGCUCCAUUACACAAUAGCACGCUCCCUACACUAGCUCCAUUACACAAAAGCGCACUCCCUACACCAGCUCCAUUACACAAUAGCGCCCUCCCUACACCAGCUCCAUCACACAAUAACGCCCUCCCUACACAAGCUCCAUUACACAAUAACGCCCUCCCUACACAGGCUCCAUUACAAAAUAGCGCCCUCCCUACACCAGCUCCAUCACACGAUAACGCCCUCCCUACACCAGCUCCAUUACACAAUAGCGCCCUCCCUACACUAGCUCCAUUACACAAUAGCGCCCUCCCUACACUAGCUCCAUUACAAAAUAGCGCCCUUCCCACACCAGCUCCAUUACACAAUGGCGCCCUCCCUACACCAGCUCACUUACACUAUUGCGCCCUUUAUACACCAGCUCCAUCACACAAUAGCGCCCUUCCUACAUCAGCUCCAUUACACAAUAACGCCCUCCCUACACUAGCUCCAUUACACAAAUGCGCCCUCCCUACACCAGCUCCAUUACACAAUAGCGCCCUCCCUACACCAGCUCCACUAUACAAUAACGCCCUCCCUACACCAGCUCCAUCACACAAAAUCGCCCUCCCUACACCAGCUCCAUUACACAAUAGCGCCCUCCCUACACCAGCUCCAGUACACUAUUGCGCCCUUAAUAUACACCAGCUCCAUUACACAAUAGCACCCUUCCUACAUCAGCUCCAUUACACAAUAACGCCCUCCCUACACUAG